AUGGGCCGCGCCGUCGCGCGGACACAGGUGGAGCUAUGGGCACAGCAGCUGAACCUUCUUCUCUUUCACAUCGCGCUUUGGCAACGGCGGCACCCGCUGGGGGUCCUCUCGUUGGUUCUGGAGCAGUACCGACGUGGUCAGAUGGAUUCCACCUUCGCCGCCUCGAGCCUGGGGUGUGGGUCGUACGUUAAACAACUCGGUGGGGUCCUCGAGGCCAUCACAAACGCGCUCUACCCCGGGUUCUCAUCAAUUCCAGGUUUGAUUCGCUGCGAUGUGUUCAUGACGUAUCCUCACAUGCCCGUGCAUGAACAGCUGGUUUUCAUGAGGGAAGUUACUAAUCGCUGCUUUCAAAAGGAAUGCAAAACGCGAAACCCACCCGAACCCCCUGCAUCCGAAUUUAAAAGUAAUGAUCCAAAAGGGGCAGACGGGGUGCCGCCGAGCGUGCGAGGCAGCAAGGAUGCUAUCGACGCAGAAGAACUUCUCUACGACUAUAACGUAAAAGAGAUCAUUCCCGAUCUCCUCAUCACCACCGAGCUCACGGACACCGACUACCAAGCACUUCGUGUGGCCUUAGAGCGACACAAAAAAGAUGGUGUUCGGCGACUUGCCACAGAGACUUAUACCGUCUUCGAGAUAUGA